AUGCUCCAAGACCUCGAGCAUCCCUCAAUUACGCCGACGCCCGCCACUGACGUUCCUAAACCGCCUCCGACCAAAGUUUCUCCGGUCGAUAACCUGCAGCACUCGCUGUCUUACGAUGAUCAGCUGUUGUCCCACCGAGUCACUCCUGCAGCUUCGCUAGCCCAGUGCUCAGAUACCGCUUCUCCACAGCCGGAGAAGCAGAUCGCCCCGAUCCCCAAUCCCUCUUUCCACCGACGCGCCAACACCGAAUUUCUCCAUCGACAACCUCCUGCGCCCGCGAGACACCUCGUUGCGACUCAACCUAGAGCACUCGAAGAUAUCGACGCCGCGGAUACGCGACCGAACCCACCCGGUAACGUUACCCGGAAGAAACUUGAACAAGGCGCAAAACGCCUUUCAGACUGGUUUCAGGGGAACUCCGAUCCGGUGAAUCUGGGCCUUGUCUACCAGCCGGGGAACCGGGAAACCCACCACGACCACAACAUGGACAGACGAAACUCGCACGAUAUCUACGGAUCUCCGACCACGCUGACCAUGAACCGAACACAAAAGCGUAUGACCGCCCCAUCCCCGUUAAAACAAGUGGCCUCCACGGGCCCGCUCUCCCUCUUCGGCCUGAAGCGCCAGGAACGGACGGAACUUCCCGUGCCGGCCGAAGAUGAGUUCCUGAAUAUGGACGUCACCGCCGCUCUGUUCCCCCCCGGAUCGGCGGAACUCGACGAACACGAGGCUUUCCUAGCGUUGCGCAACAACGCUAGUAACGUCCUUCGAAGCCUGCAGUCCGCGUACAAACAAAGGACCUUUGCCCUGCACGAAGUCCUGGCCGAGAGGGUCGAGAAACAGGAAGAGCUCGAGGAGACACGGACGCGUGUCGGACACCUCAAGCUCCAGCUGGACGGAAUGGCGGAGCGGGUGCUUCAGCAAGAUAAGGAGAUGAAGGCCAUGGCGGAGGAGCUGGAGCAGGAAAGGCAGCUCCGUCGACGCGACGACGAGGCCCGCCGCCGCAGUAUCAUGCUCGUCCGAUCGAGCGAUGACGACAGCACAUCCGACCUGGGCGCCGACCUGCAAGCUCCCAAACGCAGCCUGAAACGCAACAGCAAUGCGACCUUCACGAGCGACUCGGGCUUCGACUCCGGCGACGAGAGCCUGGCCGAGAGUGUCUUCUCGCGGCGCGAGGGCCUUGAAUCGCCCACCUCGACGGUGGCUCCAUCCCCCAACAUCUCCCAGAUCGCCUUGUCUCCACCAUCGACGGCGUAUCUCCAGGCUAGCCCGAAAGAGACCAAGCCUGCCACAUUAUCCGCACCGCCCCGUCCGUCGGCGUACGAUCGAGUCUUGAAGGGGCUGUCGUGGGGGAACAGUGCCUCCAAGUGCACUAUCUGCUAUGGGGUUCCUGCAUCCGAAGCCUGGAGCGUGAUGGGUGUUUUGAAGGAAGAGAACCGAGGAUUGAAAGGACGACUGGGGGAGCUUGAGAUGGUCAUUGACGAUUGUCUGAGUAUGGUUGGACCUUGA